AUACGGCGAUCGCGUCAGCGUGCAGUGUGUGCGUGUUUCUUGGUGGUCUGCUUGGAGCCGCUCGAUUGGAAGUUCGGUCCGCGUUAGUCGCUCGAGUGCGUUCGGUCUGAGUGGAUUGCGCGUGUGGUGUUGCUGCUGGUCCAACGCGUGUGCUCUGACCGCGAACGACCUUCGAGGUCAGUAACGACUCGGCACAGAGCGGGGGCUCGUCCGACUCGGCUUUGUUGCACGCGUUAAUACUGGUCACGACGGGUGAAAUAGGUACCCAUGAAUGUUUCGCGCAUGUAGGCCCAGUUUCGAUAAAGUCUUCACAACAAAGGAAAAGGGCCAUAAAUUGUGUUAAAGUGUGUAUCAGUGUGUGAGUGGUGGUGUAGUGCUGGUGAUAGCAACCGACCCGAAACAAACGAGUCUUGAAGAAAGUCAAACCCGCACAAAAGUCGUGUGACAACCAUGACCGAUGUUGGUGAAGUAUCGUCUCCGUCGGUCGUACCACUGACGGAGGAUGAUCCGGAGCAGGCGCCACCGAAAGACAAAGGGCUAUGGCGUGAUCUGGUGGCCUACUGGAUACUGGGACUGUGCAACAACUACGGGUACGUGGUGAUGCUGACCGCUGCGCACGAUAUUCUCAAGGAGCUGGAGGGAGAUGGUCACGCCAAGAGUGCAAUGUUGAACGACUACGGCGGCGUAGCGAACACGACGGCCCGUGCCGAUGACGUUACCUUUGGCUAUGAGGCACGUCCGUGCAACAAGCUCUCGACCGGUGCAAUCCUGCUGGCGGACAUACUUCCAGCACUGGCCGUCAAAUCGAUUGCAUCCUUUCUACCGCUGGCAAAACACGUUCGAAUUUUCCUGUGUGUAGCGGCAGCCGCCGCAGGCUUCCUGCUGACGGCGUUCGCAACCGUCGAAUGGGUGCUGUUCGUUGGCGUAAUAGCGACCUCGUUCUCGUCCGGGCUCGGUGAGGCCACCUUUCUGGCUUACGCGACGUACUUCAACAAAAACGUUAUUUCCACCUGGUCGUCUGGGACGGGUGGUGCCGGCAUUGCCGGGUCCCUUUCGUACACCGGGCUGACGGGACUCGGCCUGACGCCAAAGACUACCAUCCUGAUCAUGCUGGUUGUGCCGGGGCUGGAAGCGGCCGCGUUUUGGUUGCUGCUUCGCCAUAAGGACACGGACAAACCGGCCGUGCUGGAGGAGGCGAACGAAAAGCCGGAAGAGGUGGACUACAGCACGCUGCCGGCGGAUGAGCGACCGCUCGAGAACUGGAACGAACGCAUCCGGUACAUUCCGUCACUGUUUAUCUACAUGAUUCCUUUGAUAUUGGUGUACCUGCUGGAGUACUACAUCAACCAGGGACUGUUUGAGCUGGUGUACUUCCCCGGCAUCUGGCUCUCCCAGUCGGAGCAGUACCGAUGGUACCAGGUGAUCUACCAGAUCGGUGUGUUCAUAUCGCGCUCGUCCGUCAACCUGAUCCAGUUCCGGCAGGUGUGGAUUAUGGCGGUGUUCCAGUUCCUGAACGUGGUGUACUUCACCUUCGAGGCGGUAUACUACUUUACGCCCUCGAUCUGGAUCAUCUUCGCGCUUAUUCUGUGGGAAGGAUUGCUUGGCGGCGGUGGCUACGUCAACACGUUCUACCGCAUCCAGACGGAUGUGCCGGCGGCAAGGCGUGAGUACGCGAUGAUGGUUACGUCCAUCUCGGACUCGGUCGGUAUUGCGCUGGCCGGUGUCGCUGCCAUACCGUCGCACAAUGCGAUCUGUGAUCUGCCGGUGCCCGAUCGGUUGCUCUAGCUGCGGGAAAACACGGGAACGUUUGAGAUGAGCGUUUGUUUGUCGCUAGACGGUAUCAGGGAUGUUGUUAUAAGCACAAAAACAGUCAAAUAAAUAUUUUGUGUAGCGUUUUUACAUACAUUUCA